AUGAUUCUCAUUUCCUGGUACAGUCGGCGCCUCAGCUGCAUCCUAAACACCGUUGACUGAGCGUCACUGUGGGGUUAUUUUUUUCAUCUUCUCUCUCCGGUGGUUGACACUCCAAUAAUACUCGGCGAUCAUGUAUCGGUGUGCCACAUUUGUUUUAUUCCUCGCCCUUGGAAUCGCGUUCCAGCUGUCACAUGGCACUGAAGUGAAUGUCACGGACAAAGACAACAACUUAUGCCUCUAUGCUAAUUUAAUGGUCAACUUCUCAGUCUCCUAUAAAGUAGCAGACAAUAAGAGUGCAACAGCCGAGUUUGAACUUCCUGCAAAUGUUGCAUCCGAUGGAAGUACGUGUGAUGCCACAAGCUCAGUGUUAAAGCUUACUUUUGGAGAAGGACACUCCUGGAGUGUAAACUUCACCCGCAGUGAAAAAACGUACCAGGCAGACAACAUCACCUUUUCCUACAAUCUCAGCGACACAACCGUCUUCCCUAAUUCUACAUCGAAUGACACCACAACUGUGACUGUGUUGACUCACAUCACACCUGUAGGCGUGGAUACCUGCUACUCAUGCAAGAGUAAAGACACGUUCGAAGCUGAUUUGGUCAAUCAGACGCUGUGGGACGUGCUCAUACAGGCUUUUGUCAGCAACAACAGCACAAGUGAAAACAUUACUUCUUGUGCUGCGGAUGUACCCACAACUCCUGUUGCUCCCACCACUCCUGUUGCUCCCACCACUCGUGCCCCCAAUACUACCACUGCAGAACCUGUCACAAACUCUACUUCCACUGCUCCUCCUCCUCCUCCUACCACCCCAACCCCCACCCUCCCCGCACCCACCACUGGGCAGUACAUCUUCAAGCCUGAUGGCAACAGCACAGCCUGUCUGAUGGCCGACUUUGGCCUGCGGAUUGGUAUCAAGAAAGAAGAGAUGAACUUUGAGCCUAAUGGGACCACAGUUACUGGAAAAUGUGAAGUCAACAGCAGUGAGCUGGUGUUGACGUCCAACACAGUGACCAUCACGCUCACUUUCGUCAAUGAGACAAAGACAUUCCGCCUACAUGCUCUGAAUGUCACCGGAAAGACGAGCUCUGGUGUGAUGUUUUCUGAAGCAAACACAAACCUGAGUCUGUGGCAGGCGGCUGUCGGCAGCUCCUACAUGUGUAACAAGGAGCAGAACUACACCAUCACCAGCAUGCUCACCCUCUACACCUUCGACCUUAGAGUGCAGCCCUUUGGAGUCAAGAAAGGUGUUUUCAGUACAGCCCAUGAAUGUUCAUUGGAUGACACCAGCAUCUUAAUCCCAAUCAUUGUUGGCGCUGCUCUGGCUGGCUUGAUUCUCAUUGUAGUGAUCGCUUACGUGAUUGGUCGAAGAAAGACCUAUGUUGGAUAUCAGACCCUUUAAAUUCAGUUUGCAAUUAAUAUCACGGGGUUCCCAAGCGUGGUCCUUGGGUUUCAUGUGCAAUUGUUGUAAUUGGCAAAUAGCGUAAACAUUUAAGAAUCAAAAACUAAAGUCUCUGCUUGGAAAACAUGAGAUGCAGUAUUCAAGUUAUUGGUCAUUAUGAGAAAUGAAAUGCACAGAGCAUUUUUGAAUUGCAGUUGCCUAAAGGGUCUUUAAUGAUACGAUUAAAAAGGAGUAAAAAUCCAUGUAAAGAUGGAGAGUUUGGUGUUUUUCUCAAGGACCAAACUUGUCUACCCCCCAAUGUUUUUUUUUGUUGUUUUCUUGAUGUCUUGUCUUUCCUUUUUUGUUGUGUAUUUUUGUUAACGAGCAAGUGCAACAUCCACACAACCUUUAAGUUAAUGUUAUAACCUCAUAAAAGUUGACACUCCUAUACUGGUAGAGUACACUUCUACAUUUUUAGUCCAAGAUUUGUGACGAUUUUAAAUUAGUUGCUGGAGGAUCUUGCACUUGCUCUGCAGACAUUCCCUUUUUGUUUUCAUUUGUCAUUAUUUAAUCUUUGUGCACAUUUCAGUUUUUACUUCCUUUUAUGGUUUGACUUUUCAUCCUUUUUAUGGUUUGACUUUUCAUUACCCUAAUUAUUUACAUUAAGACAUAAGAGUGUUAAUUUUCUCCAGCAUUUCAUUCACAAAUCAAAGAAAGAUGGUCCAACAGCUUUCUUUCUUUGUACCCAGAAAUUCAUUAACGAGGAUGAAGGUCUACUCCAUUUAGAAAGUAUUCAAGGGAAAUAUGCUUUAGCCCAAGUUUGCCCCUGUAGAGCAGGAGAAACAUUGGAAUUAGUGCCCUGAUUAUGUGCCUCCAAUCAUAUUAAGAAUGUAAAAUCAAAGUUUUGUUGUUUAAAUCUAAAUGGACCUUUUUUAACGGAGGACAUUUUGGUAUCCCACAGGAACAGUCCAGGUGGAACUAAUGACACUAACGAUUAAAGACAGAUUCUCGUUAGUGUUUAUAAUUACACCUGUGCUUUUCCUGCUCUAUCAAAAAUGUCCACUGUUUUCAAAGGUCUCUUACAUUUGCACACGCUCCAGUCGGAGAAUACGGCUGCGUUUCAAAUCACAUACUUUUUACUUUUAGUAUGUACUGCAGCUGCCCUUGCAAAGUAUGUGCUGUUGCAGGCGGUAUGCAUACAAUUGGGACAUACUACUAAAUGGCCAGAAGAGCAAGCUGGCUUGCAUACUGCAAAAUGCAAAAGGAUGCAGCAGGACAUCCCGGUAAUUUUGGCAUACUGCAUUUGACAUACUAGUAUUGGGACACAAUUCAUCUUUUUCAGGCAUAUUAAAUAGGACGGUAGUAUGGGUAUUGAAACGCACAGUACAUCUGAAAAAAAAAAAAAGUAAACCGUGUUUUUCUUUUCUUACACAAUACAUUUUGGCAUUAGGUUUAGAAAAGGGAGAGUUUUGUUGUGUAGAUAUUCACUUACAUAAGGAUAUUUGCAUAUAAAUGCACUAAGGCGCUCUUUACAUUUUUGCAUUAUGUUGAGAGAUUAUCUCACCUGUGUGGGUGUGGGCUUGGCCUGAGCUUUGAGGGCUGCCGCUGGAUCAGGGGACUAUAAAGCCCCUGAAAACAUUGGUCUGAAUCUUUAGCAUUUCUCUGUAACAUUGAAUAUUCAAACAAACAAUAAAAAUAUAAUUUCUAAAAAAAAAAUUAUUCAUGACGCGUUUAAUACAAUAGUUAGACAUUUUGUUAAAUAUGCUUAUUUGCUUUCUUGCAGAGAGUUGGAUCAGAAUAUUGAUAUAUAUUAGUCUGCUAAAUAUGAAGGUACAUUCAGGAGACAGUUGACGUAGCUUAGCACAGAGACAGGAAACAGGGAGGCUAAACCUGGCUCUGUCCAAAAACAACGACUAGAACUUGGAGAGCGUAGACCUCCACCAAAGACGUUUCCAUAAGUGAAAAUUAAUGAUUAUAUCCCAAAAAAUGUAAUGAUUUCUUCCUCUGCCAAUGAUUCACCCUUCUUCCAAGUUUCAUGAAAAUCAGGCCAGUAGUUUUGCCGUAACCUUGUUGACAGACAAACAAACCAAGCCGACCCCUUUGAGGUACAUCUGCCUACCAGCAUCUCUAACGCUCACUUAACAUGUUAUAUCAUGAUUGUUAUGAGUGGCAUCGAUCGUCUCCGCAAGAAAGCACAAAAUGUCCAACUAUUCCUUUUUAAAAGCUCAUCUUAUCCGCUUCAUCAGGCUCAUGUGGGUGUGGUUUGAUCCGCUUUUGUUCAACAGGGCUGGAACAAACCACACCUUUCUAAAAAGAAACCACUGAACUAUAUGAUUUAAGCUCAUGUGAAAUAUAAAAAGUAGUUGGCGGACAGUUGUGUUUUCAUGUAGUCGCUGAAAGCAGGUUUUCAGGAGCUUUUAAGUCAGGGAACUGUUGCAGGUUGGGUUGCUGUGAUGCAGGAUCAGGGAUAGAGGCAAGCCCCAGAAUGUGUAUUUCUGUAAUAUUAGAAAGCCAAUGUUACACACGGUAGUAGCUGUAUAUUGUUGCUUCAUUCUAGCAUCUCGUGUUGUGUACUGUUUGCUUUGUUCCAGCUCUUCAGAACGGGCGCAAAGCAGGCAGUAAACUGAAUAUGAGUAGAUAUUGUUGCUUAUAAGGUUAGCUUUCCGAGGCGAUUGUACAUGUGUACGGGUAAUCGCUCCGAGUCAAAUGUGAGCUUUGAUCUAUGCUUGUGAUUGUUGCCUUGUUGUAUUUCAGCUUUGUACAGCGUUGCCUUAAUUCUAAAGAUGGUUUUGCAGCAAUGUUAUAAAUGUUUAUUUCACAUUUUCUCAACGUUAAUCUCUCUUGUUCUCAAUAAAUCCCCUCACGGGUUAAUCAUCAUGACAACUGUGCCUUGCUCAGUAAUAACUUUCUGUUUUGCUCAUUAAAUGACUCACUAAUGGUGUUAAAGCUUUUGGUAACGUUUCGUUUUACCUUCACUAGUUGCUCACAUGUUCAGUAAAAAGGGAAUUUGUGCUGCAACACCAUCUUGUUAAAGAUCAAUUCAUGUGUGUUCUGUGGAUAGAAACGAUUUCUUCUCCAUUCACUCACGCUGUUAUCGCUAUAAUAAAUUGGAUUUCAAAUUGUGUGUCGGACUGAAGUGGAGCUUUUUAGUCUUUUAAGAUUUAUGGAAAUAAAAAAAACGUUGCUGCCCUGGA